AUGGCAACCCCAUUCAGCAAAGGACCCGCCUUUGGACUGUCUGCCGAGGUCAGGAAUAAGCUGAUGCAGAAGUAUGACCCCCAGACAGAGGAAGACCUGCGCGAGUGGAUGCAGGAGGUCACAGGUCGGGUUAUCUCUGACAACUUCAUGGAAGGACUAAAGGAUGGGGUUAUCCUUUGCGAACUGAUCAACAAGUUGAUGCCUGGAUCAGUGCCAAAGGCCAACCGGUCGUCGCUCAACUGGCACAAGUUGGAGAACAUCACCAAUUUUAUUCGAGCCAUUAGUGAGUAUGGGCUGAAGCCCCAUGACAUCUUUGAGGCCAAUGACCUGUUUGAGGACGUAAACCACACCCAGGUGCAGUGUACCCUCAUCACACUGGCCGGAGUGGCGAAGACCAAAGGAUUCUACACAAAGUAUGACGUGGGGGUGAAGUAUGCCGCCAAGCAUCAGAGGAAAUUCACCAGCGAGAAACUGAAUCAGGGCAAGAGCAUAAUCUGUCAGCAGUUGGUCUCCAACAAGUAUGCCAGUCAGAAGGGCAUGACCUCCUAUGGCACACAACGACACCUCUACGACCCCAAGAUGGGCAUGGAGAAACCCAUGGAGCGCAGCAGAAUCCACCUCCAAAUGGGCACCAAUAAGUGUGCCAGCAUGGCUGGCAUGCCAGCCCUAGGCACAGCAAGGCAGGUGACGGAGAAGAACGUGAGUUUGCGGCCGGCAGACACCACCACGGUGUCUCUGCAGAUGGGGACCAACAAGAUGGCGUCGCAGAGUGGCCUCACCCCCAUGGGAGGCCCCCGCCUGGUCUACGACCGCAAGUAUUGCCCCCCACGGGGCGAGUGUGAGGCCCGAGUCUGA